CUGACACUCUUUUGUGACUCUUGCAGUGUAUAAAAUUCUGUUAUGUUUUCUGUAGUGACCUGUUCUGUUGUCUCGGAAACUAAACAAAUUUACCUCUAAACUGUGCUGUUACACAAGCUACAAACCUCCAACGACUGCAGUCACUAACGAUGUCCAGCUCGAUGGCAACGCACAGUGCCGCGUCUGCCCCAAUCCUGGCUGAGAUCCGGGAGCAAAUCCAGCAGCUUUUCCUCACGCCCCUCAGCGACAACAACAUGCAGGUGAUGCAGGAGAAGGUGCAGAUCCUCCACAGGAGCUCUUUUUACCUGGAGGAGUUGAGCUACCCUAUAGAGCCGCAGCAGCUGCCGGGGGCGCUGAGAGUGGCCCAGAGUCAUGUGCGCCUUCCUCUUGAAUCUGAUGAAGAUGUUAUUGGAGGCGAUCUGCUGCUGUCGUCAGGCCCUGCAAGGCUUCCUGCAGCAGAUUCAGACGGGUCCAGUGGACAGUGAUCUGAUCAAUCAUGCUCGAACCACUCUGAGACAGGUCCGCAAACACUUGCACGACUUCAAAACCGGUGCCAUUCGGAACCUGGGCAUUCUGAACCUGGAGAAGCAUCCUCUCCUUCACUCGGCACAGCUGUCAGUGCCUCCGCUGACUGCCUUGCUGUUCUACAAAUUGCCCGUGGUAUUUGAUCGCUUUAAGUCACAUGCCAAGUGCACCACGGCCCAUCUGGUCUGGUCUCUCCACGGGGGACAGUGUCCAGAACCCAAGCAGCUGUAUGAGGUCAGUUCCAAGAUCCUGCACCCCUGUGUGGGGGAGCAGGGCCAGGGUGAGCAAUUUACCGUCAAGGGCCUGUGCUUCACUAUAAACAACCUCACGCCUGACCGUUUCUACGAGUUGUCUGUCAAAUACAUCAACACCUUCAAACUGGUCUUCUCAGAGUGGAAGGACACUCUCAUACUGAAGACAUGUCCACUGAAGUGAGACUCAGACAUGUCCUCUGUAGGGUGAAGGACAGGUGCACUGACAAAACACAUCCGGACAGGUUCACAUCCAC